GUUUCAUUUCAUGGCUCAUUAUAAACGAUGGUCCUAAACUGUGCUACAACACAACGUUCCAUAAGACAUAUGUGUUUCGGGAUAGAUUUAUCAUCAAGUUCAGAAUUGAUGGCAGCAGCACCAGAAGCGGGUUUAAGAUACGAUAUGCUACUGGCAAGGGCGCACACGACAACUGCACCUCAAUCCACUUGAAGACAUCUGGACAGAUAUCGACGCCAUGUUACUCCUGCAACUGCACCAUCUGCAACUCCACCAACACCAUCAUAGGCAGCGGGAAGUUGCAAACACUAACCCUGGACUUCGUUUCUCUUAACUUCACGAUCAGCUCUAACUGUGAUCUCGGAUGGUUUACCAUAGAUGGCGGACCUAAAAUAUGCACUUCAAACCCCUUUAAAACAACCCAUGCAUUUUUGGACAGUGUAGACAUUGUGACCAAUGGCGGGGAUCGAUCUGUCAACUCUUGUGCUGGCUUCGUUGUGAACUACGUUGUUGAAGAUAACUGCUUAACGAUGUUGACCGCCAGUGAGGGUGAGAUUACCAGUCCUGGCUACCCUGGCAACUACAUGAACAACCUCAACUGCACGUAUGUCAUCGUGGGGGAUGGGCAGACCGAGAACAUCAUCAUAGACCUGGUUGAGCUGGACCUGGAAUCCACUACCGACUGCCGCUAUGACUGGCUCGUUAUAGACGAUGGUCCUAUACUGUGCAACCCCACACCGUUCUAUAAGACAUAUGCCUUUCUGGAUAGAUUCGUCAUCAAAUUUGGAACUGAUGGCAGCAACACUAGAAGAGGGUUUAAGAUUCGAUAUUCUUUUGAAAGUGACGCACACGACAACUGCACUUCCAUCAACUUAAAGACAUUUGGACAGAUAUCGACGCCAUGUUACUCCUGCAACUGUACCUACAACAACUGCACCAACACCAUCAUAGGCAACGGAAAGUUGCAAAUACUGACCCUGGACUUCGUCUCUCUCAACUUCACGACCAGCGCUAACUGUGAUCUCGGGUGGUUAGCCAUAGAUGGUGGACCAAGGAUAUGCCCUUCAAUCCCUUUCAAAAAAUCCUAUGCAUUUUUUGGCAGCGUAGAUAUUGUGACUCGUGGUGGAAAUCGAUCCGUGGACUCUUGUGCUGGAUUUGUUGUCAACUACGUUGUUGAAGAUACCUGCUCGACGACUUUGACCGCCAGUGAGGGUGAGAUAACCAGUCCUGGCUACCCUGGCAUCCCCUACAGUUACCUCAACUGCACGUAUGUCGUCAGGGGCGAUGGGCAGCACCAGAACAUCACCAUUGAUCUGGUUCAGCUGGACCUGGAAGUUGCUUCCGACUGUAACUUGGACUGGCUUGUUAUAGACGAUGGUCCACGACUAUGUUCAACUGCAGCAUUCCAUAAGAUAUAUGUCUUCCAGGAUAGAUUCAUCAUCAAGUUUAGAACUGAUUACAGAAGCACUAGUAGAGGGUUUAAAAUCCAUUACUCCAUUGGCAUGGACGCACACGACAACUGCACUUCCACCCACUUUACGACAUCUGGACAGAUAUCGACGCCAUGUUACUCCUGCAACUGCACCAACAACGCUUUCACCAACACCGUCAUAGGCAGCGGGAAGUUGCAAAUACUGACCCUGGACUUCGUCUCUCUCAACUUCACGACCAGAGCAAACUGUGAUCUCGGGUGGUUUACCAUUAAUGGCGGACCAAAAAUAUGCACCUCAACACCCUUUAAAAGGACAUAUGCAUUUUUUGGCAGUGUAGAUAUAGUGACCAAAGGUGGAGGUCGAUCUGUCAACUCUGUUGGAUUUGUUGCUAACUACGUUGUUGAAGAUAACUGCUCGACAACGUUGACCGCCAGUGAGGGGGAGAUAACCAGCCCUGGCUACCCUGGUACCGCCUACCACUACCUCACCUGCACGUAUGUCGUCGUGGGUGAUGGGCAGAACCAGAGUAUCACCAUAGACCUGCUUCAGCUUGACCUGCAAGUUGUUUCCGACUGUUCCUACGACUGGCUCAUCAUAGACGAUGGCCCUAAUCUGUGCUACGAAACAACGUUCCAUAAGACAUAUGCAUUCCAGGAUAAAUUCAUCAUCAAGUUUAGAAGUGAUUACAGAAGCGCUACUUAUGGGUUUAAAAUGCAUUACUCUGUUGGCGUGGACGCACACGACACCUGCACUUCCACCCACUUAACGACAUCGGGACAGAUAUCGACGCCAUGUUACUCCUGCAACUGCACCUACAACAACUGCACCAACACCGUCAUAGGCAGCGGGAAGUUGCAAACACUAACCCUGGACUUCGUCUCUCUAAUCUUCACAACCAGCACUAACUGUGAUCUCGGAUGGUUUACCAUUGAUAGCGGACCAAAACUAUGCACUUCAACCCCCUUCAAAACAACUUAUGCAUUUUUUGGCAGUGUAGAUAUUGUGACUCGUGGUGGAAAUCGAUCCGUGGACUCUUGUGCUGGAUUUGUUGUCAACUACGUUGUUGAAGAUACCUGCUCGACGACUUUGACCGCCAGUGAGGGUGAGAUAACCAGUCCUGGCUACCCUGGCAUCCCCUACAGUUACCUCAACUGCACGUAUGUCGUCAGGGGCGAUGGGCAGCACCAGAACAUCACCAUUGAUCUGGUUCAGCUGGACCUGGAAGUUGCUUCCGACUGUAACUUGGACUGGCUUGUUAUAGACGAUGGUCCACGACUAUGUUCAACUGCAGCAUUCCAUAAGAUAUAUGUCUUCCAGGAUAGAUUCAUCAUCAAGUUUAGAACUGAUUACAGAAGCACUAGUAGAGGGUUUAAAAUCCAUUACUCCAUUGGCAUGGACGCACACGACAACUGCACUUCCACCCACUUUACAACAUCUGGACAGAUAUCGACGCCAUGUUACUCCUGCAACUGCACCAACAACGCUUUCACCAACACCGUCAUAGGCAGCGGGAAGUUGCAAAUACUGACCCUGGACUUCGUCUCUCUCAACUUCACGACCAGAGCAAACUGUGAUCUCGGGUGGUUUACAAUUAAUGGCGGACCAAAAAUAUGCACCUCAACACCCUUUAAAAGGACAUAUGCAUUUUUUGGCAGUGUAGAUAUAGUGACCAAAGGUGGAGGUCGAUCUGUCAACUCUGUUGGAUUUGUUGCUAACUACGUUGUUGAAGAUAACUGCUCGACAACGUUGACCGCCAGUGAGGGGGAGAUAACCAGCCCUGGCUACCCUGGUACCGCCUACCACUACCUCACCUGCACGUAUGUCGUCGUGGGUGAUGGGCAGAACCAGAGUAUCACCAUAGACCUGCUUCAGCUUGACCUGAAAGUUGUUUCCGACUGUUCCUACGACUGGCUCAUCAUAGACGAUGGCCCUAAUCUGUGCUACGAAACAACGUUCCAUAAGACAUAUGCAUUCCAGGAUAAAUUCAUCAUCAAGUUUAGAAGUGAUUACAGAAGCGCUAGUUAUGGGUUUAAGAUGCAUUACUCUGUUGGCGUGGACGCACACGACAACUGCACUUCCAUCCACUUUAAGACAUCCGGACAGAUAUCGACGCCAUGUUACUCCUGCAACUGCACCUACAACCACUGCACCAACACCAUCAUAGGCAGUGGGAAGUUGCAAACACUAACCCUGGACUUCGUCGCUCUCAACUACACGACCAGCGCUAACUGUGAUCUCGGAUGGUUUACCAUAGAUGGCGGACCUAAAAUAUGCGCUUCAAAGCCCUUUCAAACAAUCUAUGCACUUUUUGGCAGUGUAGAUAUCGUGACCCAUGGUGGAGAUCGAUCAUUGGACUCCUGUGCAGGCUUUGUUGUCAACUACAUUGUUGAAGAAAACUGUUCGAUGACGUUUACCGCCAAUGAGGGGGAGAUUACCAGUCCUGGCUACCCUGGCACCCGCACCAACUACUUUUACUGCACGUAUGUCAUCAUGGGUAAUGGGCAGAACCAGACCAUCGCCAUAGACCUCAUCAAGCUGGACCUGCUAGACACUUCCGACUGUUUCUUUGACUGGCUUGUAAUAGACGAUGGUCGUAAACUGUGCCAGCACACAACGUUCCAUAAGACAUAUGUCUUCCGGGAUAGAUUCAUCAUCACGUUUAGAACUGAUUACAGAAGGCCUAGUUAUGGGUUUAAGAUGCAUUACUCUGUUGGCGUGGACGCACACGACAGCUGUACUGCCAUCCUCUUACAGACAUCUGGACAGAUAUCGACGCCAUGUUACUCCUGCAACUGCACCUACAACAACUACACCAACACCAUCAUAGGCAGUGGGAAGUUGCAAUCACUUACCCUUGACUUCGUCUCUCUCAACUACACGACCAGCCCUAACUGUGAUCUCGGAUGGUUUACCAUAGAUGGAGGUCCUAAAAUAUGCACUUCAACCCCCUUUCAAAAUAUCUAUGCAUUUUUUGGCAGUGUCGAUAUUGUGACCCAUGGAGGAGAUGGACCUGGAAACUCUUGUGCUGGCUUUGUUGUCAACUACGUUGUUCAAGAUACCUGCUCGAUAACGUUGACCGCCAGUGAGGGGGAGAUAACCAGUCCUGGCUACCCUGGCAUCCCCUUCAACGACCUCAUCUGCACAUAUGUCAUCGUGGGUGAUGGGCAGAACCAGAGCAUCACCAUAGACGUGGUUGAUCUGGAUCUUUUCCCUUUUCCAGACUGUUUCAUUUCAUGGCUCAUUAUAAACGAUGGUCCUAAAGUGUGCCAGAAUACACAGUUCCACAAGACAUAUGUCUUCCAGAAUAGAUUCAUCAUCAAAUUUAGAAGUGAUUACUCGGACUUUGGUAGAGGGUUUAAGCUGCAUUACUCUGUUGGAGGGGAAGCACACGAAAACUGUUCGAUGACGUUUACCGCCAGUGAGGGUGAGAUUACCAGUCCUGGCUACCCUGGCACCACUAUCAGCUACCUUUACUGCACAUAUGUCAUCAUGGGUAAUGAGCAGAACCAGAGCAUUGCCAUAGACCUAAUCAAGCUGGACCUGGAAGCUACUUCCGACUGUUCCAACGACUGGCUCGUUAUAGAUGAUGGUCUUAAACUGUGCUACCACACAACGUUCCGUAAGACAUAUGUCUUCCGGGAUAGAUUCAUCAUCAAGUUUAGAACUCAGUUCAGAAGGCCUAGUAGAGUGUUUAAGAUGCAUUACUCUGUUGGCGUGGACGCACACGACAACUGCUCUUCCAUCCACUUAAAGACAUCUGGACAUAUAUCGACGCCAUGUUUCUCCUGCAACUGCACCUACAACAACUGCACCAACACCAUCAUAGGCAGUGGGAAGUUGCAAACACUUAUCCUGGACUUCGUCUCUCUCAACUACGCGACCAGCCCUAACUGUGAUCUCGGAUGGUUUACCAUAGAUGGAGGUCCAAAAAUAUGCACUUCAAAGCCCUUUCAAACAAUCUAUGCAUUUUUUGGCAGUGUAGAUAUCGUGACCCAUGGUGGAGAUCGAUCCGUAGGCUCUUGUGGUGGCUUUGUUGUCAACUACAUUGUUGAAGAUGUGGACAACAAUCUACUGACGUACACCACAAAUAGCGGCCGGUUGACCGGUCCAUUAUUUCCUGGAGCAGGUUCAUCAAAUCCCGUUACCUAUACCUAUAUCAUCAUUGGUCAUUUUCCCCGACAGAGACUCAUCUUAGACAUCACGCUCAGGUCUUCCUAUGGGGGAUGUUACUUUGCAAAACUGACUCUAAAUGGCACAGAGGAUCUGUAUGAUGCUGGACGAUAUAGCAGGGCAUAUUUGUCAGAGAAUAAUUUCACUUUAGAGUUCACUCCCAAUUAUGACGCAAGUUUUCUCGUUCACUAUGAGAAAGAAGACGUAAUAAAAGGUAACACUUAAAUCCUAUUCCAGUAGUCAAAAUGAUCAGUAAAUAUUAGGUUCAGCUCAAUAAAGUUUUAUUUUUUAUUCAAGAAAAAGAUUGAAAAGAUGUGAUUACUUCUUCAUUGACAUUUGAGAAUGUUUUUGUAUGUUUUUAAACAUUAUUUUCUAGAUAUUCUAAGUCAUAAUAUGCAAUUCAUUAUGAUGAAUAAAUGAAUUAAGUAAUUAAUUGUUGAGGAAUGAAUGAAUGAAUGAAUGAAUGAAUGAAUGAAUGAAUGUUGUGGAUUAGUAAGACAGGAUACAGAGCACAACCAGCCCAAGGUAGGUGUUGAUAUAAACCGGGUGUCCAUAGCAAAGAUGUUGAGACGGCAGUCACCACAGAAGGUAUAUGUACAUCUAUAUUUCAAUAUGUCCAUAUUUCUGUGCUAAUGCUUUUCCACCCUUAACACCAUUUCCUAUGCAGAUGUCAGAUCUUUGUGAUUAACGAUCUCUUUGUAACUUUACGCAUCUUCGUUCCUAUUCACAUCAGAGUUGUGCUUUGAUGCUUAUUGACGUUUUGUUUAUAUUUUGCUCGGAAACAGAUGUUUUCUUGACUGAUGUAUGUCAACAGCCGAAUAAUUAAUUUAGUUUUGUGACUUAUUGCCUUCUUUUCCAUGUUCUUACAAAUCAAACACGUAAGUAUGUUGUUAUUAUUCUAUAGAUCAAGAAAUUAUUUUUGUUUCUAAUCACAUAACCAUGUAAUAAUGAAGACGUAAAACAAUUUUAUAUCAUUUUAAUGACAAUUGUACACCCUAGUACGUACUGCAGCUUUCAGAUAUAUGAUGUAGUAGAGAGUCUCACUUCUUAAAUUCAUAUUACCGCGACUGUAUUCCAAUAACAAUAGAUAAAGCGAGACCUAGAGAGACUGUUGUUUCUCCAAAAUGAUAUUUACCUGUAUUAUUAUGAUUUGCAAAGGGUUACUAAACAUAAAAUACACAAUGCUGAUACUACUCUACAUCUGUGCACAUUGUUUGUUGUCUAGCUUAGGUUCCUCUUGAUGUGGAUGCAAGAUGUCAGACAAGGCCAGAUACUGGAAAAUUUGAGAAGCUUCUGAGAGGUGUUCAACUGAAAAGUCAAGUAGGGAAAAUACAGUUGGAGAUAAAUGUGAACCUGGGGCAACAUGGCGUGCCAUUGACAGGGAUGAAACCAAGAAAACACAGUCCUUGGAAUAGUAUAACGUGGAAUACACUCCUUUUGUUGAAUUAUUGAGUGUGAGAUGGGCUCAAAUCCGCUUUGAACAGUAUUCCAGUUACAUCACGGCGUGUCAGCUUGAUGUGGGAGGAUAUCCCAAAGUGCAGCAGGUCCUAGGUAUUAGCUAUUUUGGUGAAACCAACCAGUACAGGUGCUGACAAACCAAGAAACAUAAUCGCAAGGAAACUUGGAUUAGAACUCACGAUUCGCGAAUCCAGGUGCCUCAGACGAAUGGGCCACCCGUGGACCCUGAUAAUUAUUCAGCUUGGUUAGUAUAUGUAUCUGGUGGGAUUCAUCUGCAAGCUAUAGGGCCCGUGAAGAUCCAGGGUAGUAUAGGUCUUCAGCAAUCCAUUCUUGCAGUAAAAGGCGACUAUGCUUAUCGAAAGAGGCAACAAACGGGAACGGGUGGUCAGGCUCGCGACUUGGCUGAUACAUGUUAUCGUAUUCCAAUAGCGCGGAUUUAUGCCCAUGAUGUCAAUCACUGGAUUGUCUGGUUUAGACUCGAUUAUUUACAUACCGCAUCAUAUGGCUGGAACAUUGCGGUGUUAAACAACAAACAAACGAAAGCAAGCUAUAGUUUUCGUAUAUGACCUGUUUCUGUGUAGUGAUCUUUGAUUCAUAUCGUGUUAUUUGUGUAUUAUCCUACUUUUUUGUAAAUAAGCAGAAUGAACAAAGUAACAUAUUUUCAUUUUUUGUUUAAAUAGAUAGAAUACUGAUAAAACAAUGUGGUAUUU